ACGUGCGCGCGGCGGGGCCGGGGACUCGGCAGGGCGCCGGCCGGCGGGCGGAGACCGAUCCGGGAUCUGUUCGAGCAGGAAGCGAGCGCAGCCUGGCCGCCGUCGUUGCCCUCGUCCCUCAGCUUCACCACCUCUCACCCCGCCCUCCACCCGCACCGGCGACAGGUAGCCCCGCCGCCGCGCACCUGCCUUCGCUCCCGUGCGGGAGAUAGUGGAUAAUCCUCUUCAAAAAUGGAGGAUGGAAAGCCCGUUUGGGCACCACACCCUACAGAUGGAUUUCAGAUGGGCAAUAUUGUGGAUAUUGGCCCUGACAGCUUAACAAUUGAACCCUUGAACCAAAAAGGCAAGACAUUUUUGGCUCUCAUAAACCAAGUGUUCCCUGCAGAAGAGGACAGUAAAAAAGAUGUGGAAGAUAAUUGUUCACUAAUGUAUUUAAAUGAAGCCACGCUUCUCCAUAAUAUCAAAGUUCGAUAUAGUAAAGACAGAAUUUAUACAUAUGUCGCCAACAUUCUGAUAGCAGUGAACCCAUACUUUGAUAUCCCUAAAAUAUAUUCUUCAGAUACAAUAAAGUCAUAUCAAGGAAAAUCUCUUGGGACAAUGCCACCCCAUGUCUUUGCAAUUGCUGAUAAGGCUUUUCGAGACAUGAAGGUGCUCAAGAUGAGCCAGUCCAUCAUUGUUUCUGGAGAAUCAGGAGCUGGCAAAACAGAAAAUACAAAAUUUGUUCUCAGAUACCUGACUGAAUCCUAUGGAACAGGUCAAGAUAUUGAUGACAGAAUUGUUGAAGCUAAUCCCCUUUUAGAAGCCUUUGGAAAUGCAAAGACUGUUCGUAAUAAUAACAGCAGUCGAUUUGGAAAAUUUGUAGAAAUACAUUUCAAUGAAAAGAGUUCAGUUGUUGGAGGAUUUGUUUCACAUUAUCUUCUAGAAAAAUCUCGGAUCUGUGUUCAAGGGAAAGAGGAAAGGAAUUAUCAUAUCUUUUAUAGAUUGUGUGCUGGUGCCUCUGAAGACAUUAGGGAAAAACUUCAUUUGAGCUCCCCAGAUAAUUUUCGGUAUUUAAACCGAGGCUGCACUAGAUACUUUGCUAACAAAGAAACUGACAAACAGAUUUUACAGAACCGCAGAAGUCCUGAGUAUCUGAAGGCAGGUUCCUUGAAAGAUCCUCUCUUAGAUGAUCAUGGAGAUUUUAUUAGAAUGUGCACUGCUAUGAAAAAAAUUGGUUUGGAUGAUGAGGAAAAGCUCGAUCUCUUCCGAGUAGUAGCUGGUGUCCUGCAUCUUGGAAAUAUUGAUUUUGAGGAAGCCGGCAGCACUUCAGGUGGUUGUAAUCUGAAGAAUAAAUCAACUCAGUCAUUGGAAUAUUGUGCUGAACUACUGGGUUUGGACCAAGAUGAUCUUCGUGUAAGUUUAACCACAAGAGUUAUGUUAACGACAGCAGGGGGCACCAAAGGAACAGUAAUAAAGGUUCCCUUGAAAGUAGAGCAAGCAAACAACGCUCGUGAUGCCCUGGCAAAGACUGUCUACAGCCAUCUUUUUGAUCAUGUGGUAAAUAGAGUAAAUCAGUGUUUUCCUUUUGAAACUUCAUCCUGUUUUAUUGGAGUCCUAGAUAUUGCUGGUUUUGAGUACUUUGAACAUAACAGUUUUGAACAAUUUUGCAUCAACUACUGUAAUGAAAAACUUCAACAGUUUUUUAACGAAAGAAUUCUGAAGGAGGAGCAAGAACUCUAUCAAAAAGAAGGUUUAGGUGUUAAUGAAGUACAUUAUGUGGAUAAUCAGGACUGUAUAGAUUUAAUUGAAGCAAAAUUAGUGGGAAUACUGGAUAUUUUGGAUGAAGAGAAUCGCCUUCCCCAGCCAAGUGACCAGCAUUUUACAUCAGCAGUUCACCAGAAGCACAAGGACCAUUUCCGACUCACUAUCCCUAGGAAGUCUAAACUGGCAGUGCAUAGGAAUCUGAGAGAUGACGAAGGCUUCAUUAUCAGGCACUUUGCAGGGGCAGUGUGCUAUGAGACAACCCAGUUUGUGGAGAAAAAUAAUGAUGCUUUACAUAUGUCUCUUGAAUCCUUAAUAUGUGAAUCCAGGGACAAGUUUAUACGGGAAUUAUUUGAAUCAUCUACAAAUAACAACAAAGAUACAAAACAAAAAGCAGGAAAACUUAGCUUCAUCAGUGUGGGAAACAAGUUUAAGACACAGUUAAAUUUGCUUUUGGAUAAACUUCGAAGUACUGGAGCAAGCUUUAUUCGUUGCAUCAAACCUAAUUUAAAGAUGACAAGCCAUCACUUUGAAGGGGCUCAAAUUCUGUCUCAACUUCAAUGUUCAGGUAUGGUGUCUGUUUUGGACUUGAUGCAGGGUGGUUUCCCAUCACGAGCUUCGUUUCAUGAACUCUACAGCAUGUAUAAAGAAUAUAUGCCAGAUAAACUUGCAAGAUUGGAUCCAAGGCUAUUUUGUAAGGCUCUUUUUAAAGCUUUGGGAUUAAAUGAAAUUGACUACAAAUUUGGAUUAACAAAAGUAUUUUUUAGACCUGGCAAGUUUGCAGAAUUUGAUCAGAUUAUGAAGUCUGACCCUGACCACUUAGCAGAGUUGGUUAAAAAAGUCAAUCAUUGGCUAGUCUGCAGUCGCUGGAAGAAAGUUCAAUGGUGUUCACUGUCAGUCAUCAAAUUGAAAAACAAAAUAAAAUAUCGAGCUGAAGCUUGCAUUAAAAUGCAGAAAACUAUUCGGAUGUGGCUUUGCAAAAGGAGACACAAACCUCGCAUUGAUGGCCUGGUUAAGGUGGGCACGCUGAAAAAACGACUUAAUAAGUUUAAUGAAGUAGUAAGUGCAUUGAAAGAUGGAAAACCAGAGAUGAAUAAACAGAUCAAAGAUGUUGAAAUUUCCAUUGAUGCUUUGAUGGCUAAAAUUAAGUCCACUAUGAUGACCAGGGAACAAAUACAGAAAGAGUAUGAUGCCCUAGUUAAAAGCUCAGAGGAGCUCCUCAGUGCAUUACAGAAAAAAAAACAGCAGGAAGAGGAAGCAGAAAGGCUGAGACGUAUACAAGAAGAAAUGGAAAAAGAAAGAAAAAGACGUGAAGAAGAUGAACAGCGUCGAAGGAAGGAAGAGGAGGAAAGGCGAAUGAAACUUGAGAUGGAAGCAAAGAGAAAACAAGAAGAAGAAGAUAGAAAGAAAAGGGAAGAUGAUGAAAAACGUAUUCAGGCUGAGGUGGAGGAGCAGCUGGCCCGACAGAGGGAAGAAGAGUCCCAGCAGCAAGCAGUUCUGGAGCAGGAGCGCAGGGACCGGGAGCUGGCCCUGCGGAUCGCCCAGAGUGAAUCUGAGCUCAUCAGUGACGAGGCCCAGGGAGACCUGGCACUCCGGAGAAAUGAUGGAACAAGACCUAAAAUGACACCGGAACAAAUGGCCAAAGAAAUGUCAGAAUUUUUAAGUAGAGGUCCUGCUGUGCAAGCCACCAAGGCAGCUGCUGGUACCAAGAAACAUGAUCUUAGUAAAUGGAAAUAUGCAGAACUACGUGAUACCAUCAAUACUUCUUGUGAUAUUGAGCUCCUGGCAGCUUGCAGAGAAGAAUUUCACAGGAGGCUAAAAGUGUAUCAUGCUUGGAAAUCUAAGAACAAGAAGAGAAAUACUGAAACAGAGCAACGUGCUCCAAAGUCUGUUACUGAUUAUGAUUUUGCAUCAUUUUUGAACAAUUCACCCCAACAGAACCCAGCAGCUCAGCUUCCUGCCAGGCAACAGGAGAUGGAAAUGAACCGGCAGCAGCGUUUCUUCCGCAUUCCAUUCAUCCGCCCUGCUGACCAGUACAAAGACCCUCAGAGUAAAAAAAAAGGCUGGUGGUAUGCCCAUUUUGAUGGACCCUGGAUUGCCCGGCAAAUGGAACUCCAUCCUGACAAACCACCCAUCCUUCUUGUGGCUGGUAAGGAUGACAUGGAGAUGUGUGAGCUGAAUCUUGAAGAGACUGGCCUGACACGGAAGCGUGGUGCUGAGAUUUUGCCAAGACAGUUCGAAGAGAUUUGGGAACGCUGUGGAGGCAUCCAGUACCUUCAGAGUGCAAUUGAGAGCAGACAAGCCCGACCCACAUAUGCAACAGCCAUGCUGCAGAAUCUGUUAAAGUAGCUGUUGCACACUCACCUUAUAGCUGGGAGCCCUGGGUACUGAGUAGGGAGUGUGACCGAGAGAUUAACCCUUCCUUGCACAUGUUAGAAUUACUUAUGCACAAUGAGCAGAUUUUAUAAUCAUGGCUUUUUGUUAAUUUAAAAUUAAUUAAUAUUAUGGUAGUGAAUUUGGGACCUAAAAAUUAUUUUACAAUAUACAGCAGUAACUCUUAAACUUCUCAUUAUUCUAAUGCUUGUUACACUUGGACACUUCUGACAUCUCUCAUUCUUUGCCAACAGACUACCUAAAGUCCAUGAUGAUUGUUCUCAAGGAAAAGAGAAUUUUUUAAAACAUUCAAAAUACUUGCUAUUUAUGGAUGACAUAGUACAUUCUAACUAGAAUUAUGAAACCUUAAAUUUACAAGAAUUAAGACACUUAAAAUGAUCAAGGCACUGAUAUUUUUGGUCUGAAAAGCCAUGUAUUUUCUCUGUUUUUUCAGAAAUUCAUGGAAACUUCCAUCAAAGAUGGAAAUUCUGACUCCCCUCCCCCCCCUCCUCUGCAGUGCAUCUUAGUCUGGAUGAAGCAGUUCUCCCUGAGUCCCAGAAUUUUGGAAGGAACCUUAACUUAUUUAAUGUGUUCUGGGAUAAAGGAGGUACCAGUGAUACACAGAUCAGUUUUUUUUUUUUAUUCAAUCAAAUUUUAUGUUGGAAUAUUCGUUUGCUGUUUCAUGGACAAAUAAAGGACAUUCAGAUUAUUUAAAUGUCUCAAAGUUCAGAGCUAAGUUUUUUUAGAAAGGGAAACAGGGUUUAGGUGGCCUUUUGGCUUAACUGGACUGAAUGCAAAUCUUUUAACUUCAUCUCAAUUGUGCUUUUUGUAUCAGAAUCUUGUCCAAGUUAUUUCAUUUGAUUUAAGCUGGUGUUCUACUUCAAAAUCUUUUUUUUUUUUUUUUGAAAUUUGUAGUUUCUUUUUUGUCCUUUGUGAUUUUGGUAAUUGUAGAGUUGUAUUUUAUAAGCUUUGUAAUUCAAAAGCCCUUGUACUUAGUAAUUGCUUGUUUCAUAUAACAGAUAAUUUUUAAAAGUUUUCUUUGUGUGCUGUUAGUCUUGAUCAGAUGCUGGCAGUUUCAAGCCUAAUAUUUAUGAUUUUCACAUUAGGAAUUUAGAGAUAAAAAUAUAUCAAGGAGUUAUGUUGACUUAAUCCUAUGAAGUCUUGUUUGUAUUUUAGAAUAAAGUUAGAAAGUAAAAUUAUUCUCUGUACCUUUUUUCUGAUUUUUAAAUAUGCUAACCUUUGAAAUGAAAUUUCAGUGAUUUUUUUUUUUUUUUUUUUUCUUAGAAUACCUCAGUUAGGAAAAUAUUUCCCAGCUGAUUGGGUUAAUGUUUGGGACCCACAGACACUGUUUUCAGAAUUGCUUCUCUCAUAAUGUCUUAGUACAGAAAUAUUUAUUUAUUAUGAUGCUGUGCAAAUGAUUGUCUUACAUUAAGGAAAUGAAAUGGCCCUGUCUGUGCUAUAAUUAGUUGAGAAUGUGAAUGUGAUUAUCUUUCAGAGGCUGUAUUACUGCUUAGACUUGCCCACCCUUGGAUCAUUUGGUUCUUAUGAUUGGUGACAAAAGGUGUAGUUACUGAAAUAAAUGACCUGUUCUCUCUCUUUCA